GGUACAUUUGGGCCAUCAGCAACCCCCCCGAGCCGGACGUGCCCUGUUUCCUGCAGCGGCGGCGGCGAAACUGCUGUGCCUCCCCGACAGCCUGAUCGGCCUCGCCGGUUUUGCUUUUCCUCUCUGGUCCUUUUCCCGAGGAAGUAUGGCUACAGAGACGCAUGAUAAGGAGACGGAUGAGGCCCAAGAGCACGAGAAGGUUGCUGAGUGAGAGCAGAGCAGAGCAGAGACCGACCCAAGACAGGACACGAUGGCACACCAAAUCUUGGGGAUCACCCGUUCGAUAUCGGCAUGCAAACGGUGCCGAAAGAAGAAGAUCAAGUGCUCACACGAUUUCCCCCGUUGCACCGCAUGUCUUAAGGCUAACACGGAGUGUGUGUCGCUAGACCCAGCGACAGGGAGAGAGAUCCCAAGAAGCUACAUCAUGCAUUUGGAAAGCAGGGUUUCCGAGCUGGAAAACUACAUCCAGGGCACUCUGGCACCACCUGGUGCCUCUCCGCAGUCGCAGCCGCAGCAGCAGCAGCCGCAGCAGCAGCAUCGGUUCCAGCCAGACCUCACGGCAUCCUACACUAAUACGCCUAGCUCAACGACACACUCAAACACUCCCUCCUUUGUGUCCCCGGCGAGCUACAAGAACAUUACGCCCGCCUCGACCGAUAACACAAACGUCCCCUCGCAGUCCGAAAAUAAUGACUCGAUAAUCGACACCAUACACAACUACAACCCUUCUGCGAGCCAGGACGACUCCUCCAGACCAACAACCUUCUCUGGAAAUGGAAUCAGCUUUUCCAAGUUGAUGUUUGCGGCGGUGCAUUUCAAGGACACAGCAGAUCCGAAAGAUAGAGAGAGAAGACGCUCGUCCGCCGCUGCGGCAGGCGCCAACAUCAAACCGCCUAUAGAUCCUACGACUGUGGUGAUGUCCUCGUUCUCUAAGAAUGUCGCAUUGUUGCCGCCGAAGCAACAAGCCCUCGACUUUCUUUCAUUGUAUUUUGCGCAGUCAAACUCCCAGCUGCCGAUUUUCCACCGUGAGGAGUUCUUGGAAAGAUACUUCAUCCCCAUAUAUGGUAAGAUACCAGAGAACUCUGCGUUUGCAUCUUCAAACUCGUCCAUAGACUGGAGCAGGCUACCGGAGAUAGAGGAAAGUGACACCUGGUAUUAUCAGUAUACUCGUUUGCUGGACGCCGAAACCGGUGUGGAUCCCGAAAUGGACCCUUUUAAGUUUUCCGCCAAAGUCUCCGUGCCCAGACGGUUUAGAAAAGCAUUGUAUUUUACCAACAUAGUAUUUGCUGUUGCUAGUAGCAUUUGGCAUUUGCAGUUCCCCGGUGAGAUCUCCGAGAAUUUUAAGAAUGCUGCCUUACUGCACAUAGAAGAUGCUUAUUCGAGUACAAAUAGACUGGAGGCUUUGCAAGCAAUGCUAUGUUUGACCCUAUACUCUUUGAUGAGACCCUGUGUGCCCGGUGUCUGGUACCUUUCGGGAUCGUCAUUAAGGUUGUGCAUUGAUUUGGGGCUCCACAACGAAUCAUCUUCCUCCUCGGCAGAACCAACAACGAUAGAUAUGCGUCGAAGACUCUUCUGGUGCUGCUACUCACUUGACCGUCAAAUAUGUGUCUACCUUGGUCGUCCUUUUGGUAUCCCGGAAGAAUCCAUCAAGGUCCCGUUCCCAUCCAUAUUAGAUGAUAGUAUGAUCAACAAUGAGUCUACGAUGAACUCCUUGGAUCCUAAAAAUCCCUCAGAAAUAUCUUCUUACAAGCACAUUGCCUUGACGAUGUUCAAAAUACGUCAGUUACAAGCCGAAGUUCAGAGUAUUCUCUACGAUAAAAGAGAAAUACCACGCAUCUUUCCAUCAUUGUCUGCAUGGCUUGCAGACAUUAGUGCGAGAUUGAAUGAUUGGAGAGCGGGUAUCCCACAGACGACUAAAAAGAUGAAUUGUGAAUUCACAACAGAGUUCUUUGACUUAAACUACCAUCAUGCGAGAAUGAUGCUUCAUGGGUUAGCACCCGCUAGAUAUGUUUUGGCUACAAAUGAUUUCAUCAAGUUGGCAGAAGCAUCGAAAGAGACAUUAUUUACAUUUUACAAAUUAUGGAAUCAUGGUGUUCUAAACUAUACAUGGGCUGUGACGCAAAACGUCUUCAUGGCUCAUAUGAACUUCUUGUAUGCUGUUUUCCAUAAUAACGAGGUGAAAAAUGCAACAAGCUUGAACGAAAUUAAGAAGUUAAGUGGCUAUGCAAGUGUAACGUUAAAAAGUUUAAUCAACAGGUGUAAUGCUGCAGAGCAGUGUUUAGAGGUGUUAUCGAUUCUAAGCCAGGCGGUAAUUAAAUUGAAAUAUCCAGUGUCCUCUACAAUUCACAUAGAUGAAAGCAGAGAAGAUACCCCCGCAUCAAGCACAAUGAAUCGACUACCGUCCGAAGAAGAGGUGAAGACUUUACAACCAGGUGGACAUAUGACGGGUAAUAUGAGACGAUUAAUAGUCAGUAUUCCUGAGCUAAUCAAUGCUGAAGAAAACAACAAGCCGACACAUGCCCGUGAGGAAAAUACAGAUGAAGAGGAUCCUUGUGCGCAGAGAAAGAAACCGAAGCUACUCAAAGGAGGAUCUACGGAUUCCCCAUCUAUUGUAGAUACAACCACAAGUACACCAACUGCUAAUGUUGGAUCUCUAGCUCUGAAUCAGGAAAAGACAAGUCUUCAAUCGUACAAUACUAAUGCUGACAAUUUGUGGGGCUUGAGUGAUACAGAUCUGGAAAGGUUUUUCGAUGAGGUUCGCAAAGUGGAUUCGCCAGACAGUUCGAGAUCAUAUAGCCACUUUUCUUCGACUAGCAAUGCUGCGGAUGAUGUUGUGGCCUCUGACUUCCGUGAAAAAGGAGCUAAUACCGUUACCCACUCCCCAAGUGUCUCUGCUUCGGUUUCGGGCUCUAUAUCUACAGCUAGCCCUGCUGUAUCCAGUGGUUCGAACAGAUCAAUAUCUGAUGGCCGACCAAUUCAAGACGAUAGUGCAUCAUUCAUACCUGGAACUCCGCAACCGCUCAGCAAGAUGCCUUAUAAAGUUGGAGCAACGCACCAACACUAUUCUGCACAGACUCAUGUACAGCAAGACCCGCAUUUUUUCCCGGGCCCAGGAUCCCAGGGUCAGAAACAUCAACUAUACCCAUUCUACCACAAUCAAUCAUCCUCUCCUGGUAAUGUUUAUCCCUCAAAUUUCUCUUAUGUGUCUGCACAAAACUACCAGCCACAUUUCCAAUCUGCUCCUACGUCGUUUUCACCUCCGGGCUCUCUGCCUGCAUUUCCCCAUCCAGUUACAUCUGCUAUGAACAGUCCUGCGAGACAAGACUUUCGAAAUACAGAUAUCUCUCCUUAUCCCCUUACAUUGAACUCUGACUCGAGCAAAAGAAACACGAAAGAAGGUCAACGCGUGUAUAAGUUGAUGGUUGAAACCGGUACUGAAAGUAUUUGGGACCAAUUUUUUGCUCAGCCUUUCAAGCUGGAUGAACUUUGAUUAUAUGUCAAUUUUUAAAGUCUUCCUCCUAUUCAUGUUAUUCAAUUGUCUUCAGC